CAAUGGAACUGAACUGAAAAGUAAAAGGUGCUUAACCAAUGGACACACGAUUUGCUCACAUCAGUCAUUCAGCACUACCUUGGAUUCUUUCUGCUGCACACUGAAGAGUUGUUAGUCCAUCCACUAAAGGCUCCAUUUCUAAAUACAAUUUUCCAGUUUUAAAACCUGCAGUGCGAAGAAUCGUAAAAUGACGAUUGAAGAGUUUUUUAACAACAUAACCUUUUCUGAUAAUGUCUCAUUAUCUGAUUCAAACCUUACCGAGGGCAUGCUACCUAAUGACAGGAAAACUGUUGAUUUCAUUAUACGAUGCGCUAUUCCAUCUAUAUACAUUCUUAUUAUUACAGUGGGCUUGCUGGGGAAUAUCACUUUGGUAAAGAUCUUCAUCACCAACAGUGCUAUGAGAAGCGUGCCCAAUAUUUUUAUAUCCAGUUUGGCUGCUGGAGACCUUUUACUUCUGGUGACUUGUGUUCCCAUAGAUGCCUCGAGGUAUUUCUUUGAAGAAUGGAUCUUCGGCACCGUCGCUUGCAAACUGAUUCCUGUAAUUCAGCUCACCUCAGUAGGUGUCUCGGUUUUCACCCUUACAGCUCUCAGCGCAGACAGGUACAAAGCUAUUGUAAAUCCUAUGGACAUCCAGAAAUCAAGUGCAGUUCUUUGGACCUGCUUAAAGGCAGUCGCCAUAUGGAUUAUUUCUGUACUGCUGGCCAUUCCAGAAGCAAUCUUUUCCCAAGUGGUGCAUAUCAGUGAUAACAACAUCAGCUUCACUGCCUGUGUACCAUACCCUUUAUCUGAGGAGCUGCACCCCAAAAUUCACUCUGUCAUGAUAUUCAUGGUCUAUUUCAUCGCCCCCCUUACCAUCAUUAGCGUCUACUACUACCACAUUGCAAGGACGUUAAUCAAAAGUGCACACAACAUGCCUGGAGAAUUCAGUGAGCACACCAAAAGACAGAUGGAAACAAGGAAACGACUUGCAAAAAUCGUCUUGGUCUUUGUUGGUUUGUUUGCUCUCUGUUGGUUUCCAAAUCACGUCCUGUACAUGUACCGCUCCUUCAACUACAGAGAGAUUGACUCCUCAUUGGCACACCUGGUUAUCACACUACUGGCCCGAAUACUGAGCUUCUCCAGUUCCUGCGUCAACCCUUUUGCCCUGUAUCUGUUGAGUGAGAGUUUCCAGAGACAUUUUAACAGUCACCUCCAUUGCCAGAGGAAGAAGUAUCGGGAGAGAUCUAUGAGCUACCUGCAGAGCACAUCAGCAGUCAGAAUGACAUCCAUUAAAAACAAUGUUAAAAAUACACCCACUGCUACAACUCUUAUUUCAGUAGUUCAGAACAAAACCCAUAACACAGAAAUUUGAAUUGAAGGAAAUGUUUUAUUGAUGAUUAUGCAAUGUAUGGAAAAAAGCUAUUUGGCAAACCUGCUUGAUUUGAGGGUUCACCACCUGGCCAUCUGGAAGAGGCAGGAGACCCCCAUGAUAGAUUGUACCUAGAGAAGCUACUGGGGCGGAGAUGGGGGAGGUGGAGGAAUGUGAAUGAAUCAAGCGCAAGAGGUGUUACAUGGGUAUUUAUAUGAUUUUGAUAGGUUACAUUGAGAUGACAAACAAAUGACAAAGGGAUUCGUUUAUAAACUUCAAUAAUGGACACUUUGAAUCAAAGGUGGGGAAAAAAUGCUGUUCAAUCCUUUAUUGACAAAAUAAAAACACACAGAGGGAACGCUUUAUGUAAGAGGCUGUUCAUAAACUUUCUAAGAAACAAAUUUGGUGCAAAAAGUAAUCCCUUUGUUAUUUGUCUGUAUCAAGAAGCCUUUUUAUUUAAAGAACUACAAACCAAUGAUUUAGAUUACAUUUACUUCUUUGCAUUGCUAAUUAGAUAAUAGAGAAUAUUUGGUUCUUGUUUUUCUCUGUAAAUUCUGGCUGUGAAAAUGUCAAAUUUUAAACUUUUCUUAAUAGCAUUGUAUUUAAAAUAACUCCAUAUUGAAAGUGAAAAUAUAGAAAACUUUGUGAAUUAAUUUUGUGAAUUGAAUCAAACAUUUGAAUCAGGAAGAAUGUAAGGGCCAAAUAGUCAUUUUUGCAAAUGUAUGCAAAUAUUAGGCAACUCGCAUUGCAUUUCAAAUAUCUUGCAUAUAUUCACAAGUCUGUGAAAUUAAAAAGAGAUGCAGGGAAAUUUGUUAAUAUGGCAAGGCUGCGGAAAUAAAUACAUUUCAAUGAAUCUAACAGGAAAUUAAUCGCAAGUCAGACAAUAGGUGAGACAUGACAAAGCAUAGAGAGGGCAACUUUACUGAAGAGGAGAUUAUAAUAAUAUCUAAAAAAAAAAAACUAAAAGUAAGAUUUGGCGCUGAACAAUGCAAGACAUAAUCAAAAUUAUACCAGAUAAUUACUCUGUAAUUAUAGUCGACAUAUAAAAAAAAUGUUAUCAUUAUGUGAGUUUUCUUUUUUUUUAAUACAGUAAAUCGAUAAGAAACGUCUAAUUAUGCUACACGAUUAAAGAAGUAUGAAGUUGUAUAAUAAUAAUGCUUUUUUAAUAUAUACACAUAGAAGUAAUCAUGUGGUACAAUUUUCAAGGCAUUUCACAUUGUUUUAGUGCCCCAUUCGGGCUGUUUUCACCCACUCCACAGAUAACGUGAAUGCUCGAUGCAAUAUAGAUGAUAGUAAAAGAAUAUAUUACACUAUGUAACACAAUUUUUGUU